AUGCUGAAGUAUACUGGCAUCAAGCUUCAGCUAUUGACUGAUAUUGAUAUGCUGCUCUUCGUCGAGCGAGGCAUCCGGGGUGAACAUGUAUCACAACCAGGAUCAAACCAAGAGAAGCUGCUAACCACUCUGAACAACAAGGAGCGCUAUGUCCUACAUUACGUCGCUCUCAAACAAGCUCUCAAAUACGGUCUUCAAUUAAAGCAUAUCCACCGUACUCUCCAAUUCAACCAGAAGCCAUGGUUAAAGCCAUACAUUGACUUAAACAGCGAGAUGAGAAAGAAUACGAAGAAUGAGUUUGAGAAGAUGCUCUUCAAACUCUUUAACAACGCAGUGUAUGGUAAUACCAUGGAGACUGAGCGAAAGAGUGUCGGCGUGAAGCUGGUAAACAAGUGGGAAGGUCGCUAUGGCUGUGAGGCAUACAUUGCUCAGCCCAACUUCCACAGCUGUGCGAUUUUCAACGAGGAUUUCGUGGCUGUACACCUUGUCCGCGCUGAGAUCUCUGUCCGCAAGCCCAUCUACAUUGGAUUGGCAGUGUUGGACUUGUCAAAGAGCCUUGUUUACCGUUUCCACUACGAAUACAUGCAGGAGCGAGUGGGAGACAACGCUAAGUUGCUCUACACGGACACAGCCAGUCUCAUCUACGAGGUCAGCGAUGUAGAUAUGUACGUUUUAUCAAUAAAUAACAUCCCUCGAGUCAACAAGAAGAAAGUCGAACUCAUGAAGGAUGAGUGUAACGGCAAUAUCAUGACGGAGUUUGUCGGCCUCCGUAGCAAGAUGUACUCGGCCAAGGUACAAGGUCAGCAACCUAUUAAGAAGGCAAAGGGUGUGAAGUCGUCAGUCGUCAAGACGACCAUCGAGUUUGACGACUACAUCCAUUGUCUUCGAGACAAGGCAACAAUCACCAGACAGCAGAAGAACAUACGCAGUCGCCUCCACGUCAUCAGGACUGAGAAGGAGUAG